CCCCGUCCCACCCAGCUGCCGCAGAGCAUAAUGAGAAGGUCCCAGCCAGAGGUGCUGCUGUGGAGCCCCUCUCCUCCGCAAGCCCACACAGAGAAUGGUGUAGGUGACUGAGAUGGGACACCCCAGGGAGCUCCCCUCCCAGCCCAGAAGCAGAGCAGGCCUGACAAACACUCCUUUUUUGGGCCAAGCUCAUUUGUGGGGCUGGGGAUGCAGACACACUGAGUAGGACGAGGAUCCUGUAACCUGUGACUCAGUGACUCCCCCUACUGGACACCUCUGAUUCAGUAUCAACACCAGGACGCCUCCUGCUCCUACUGUAAGUGCCAGUCUACCCAUCAGUGCCCUGGCACUCUGCGCGUGCGAAAGGGAUGAGGUGUUGGCGUCGGCAUCCGUGAACAAAAAUCACAGAGUGGAUCUCAGCAAUACAGAUCAAUGAAGAAUGUGGAGGUGCUUGGGGGUACGAUCCAGAAAGAGUUCAUGAAGCCCUCGGUGGUAUCAUGCGUCUUCUCCCCGAGCCCAGCGCGCAGUCUUUACGGCUCAUCUUUUUACUGAUAUUUGUAAUGGGGGUGGCACCAUCGCCCGCCCUCACGGCCGGCUGUCCCGGCCGCUGCAUGUGCGACGACCAGCUGGUGGUCCAGUGCGUCGGGCAGCAGCUGACCGACUUUCCUACCGAUCUUCCUCUGGCCACCCGGCAGCUCAUCAUCUCCAACAACCGCAUAGGGGAACUGCCGGCGCUACAGCUCAACUACCUGUCCGACCUGGUGUACCUGGACUGCAGCAACAACUCCCUCACAGACAUCACAGAGUCCACCUUCGGAAACCUGCGGAAGCUCGCCUAUCUGGACCUGUCCUUCAACAUCUUAAUUCACAUAGACGACCGGACGUUCGGACCCUUGGCCAGCCUGGUGAUGCUGAGGAUGACAGACAACCCCACUCUGUCGGAGAUCCACCCGGACGCCUUCGCCGAGAACUUGGCCCUGCAAGUGCUGGACAUCAGCAGAAACAACCUGACAGCGCUUAACAUCACCACCCUCAUAGCCUUGCCGGCGCUGCGAUCGCUGGGCAUCAGCGGGAACCCAUGGCGAUGCGACUGCGAGACCGAGGACCUGUGUCUCUGGGUGCAGAUCGAGGGAUUCAAGUUUCAAGAUGAAGGGCAGAUCGUGUGCCAGGAUCCCCCGGACAUGAUGGGACAGCGCCUCUCAGACGUUGGCAUGCAGCUGCGGACGGACUGCCAUCAGACCCUCGGCUACUGGGACUACCUCUUCUUCAUCGCCAUCGGCUUUGUCAUCUUCUCGACGGGCACGGUGGUGGCCUGGGUCAUGGGCGUGUUCAUGGUGUUGUGCGAGCGCUACAGCAAGCUAUGCAGUCAGAAGCUGGAUCGCGAGGCUGAGGAGCGUCUCCGCUAUGGUCGCGCCAACGCGCAGGGCAACGGGGACCUCAAGAAGCCCGGCCUGCAUGUGUAACACCCCCAGGCUAGGAGGUUGGGGGGGUGGGGGGUGGGCACACCAUGCUGUCUCACCAUCUCAAUGGAACUGGCCACUGAUAUUCCCCGGUCUGUUCUAGUGUGGAGCGGGGGAGUCGGCGUGGACUGGGGGUGUCCUCACCAAUCACUGAACAAUCUUCAGAGGUGUGGAUAGUGUGAAGAAGCACUCCUGUCGUCGUUGAAGUUUUCUGCCAUAGCAGUGGACAGUUGACGGUAUUGAUGGUGUUUGAAUCUUGUAAGAUGUCAAACCCAUACUUGGGUCAAUUAGGAUAGAUCAGCCAUGUAUUAUAGUCACUUAGAACAUUAGUGCUUCUCAUCUAACUGGGACAGGGUCAUCACACUGCAUAACACUGCAUAACACUGAAUUUUCUGUGGUGUUUCCAAACUGGCUAAGAAAAAAUGACACCAACCACAGUAAAUUUUACUGUAAAGCAAACGGAGUUGUGAUAUGUGAGCAGCAGAGUGGAGAGAAGGAGUCCUGGUUGACUCCACGUCUCCAGGUUGACUCUUGUUCCACAGACAGCACCAAAAGCCUUACAGGAUGUAAUUAUUCAGCAAUAAUGCCUUGACAGGUCAAGCACUGAGUAAUGGAGUCACUCCUGCGUAGCAUAAACCCAUUUGUUUGUUCCGCAGAUUUUGUUUUUAGGUCUUUAAGUUUUGAGGUGUGAUGAAACUCAGUCAAGUGCAGAACUUCUGCACACCGUGCAAGCCCCUCACCUAAUCAGCCCCCCUCCCCCACCUGUAGGCCCUGAUUCUGUACAUAGAUUCACUCUGAGUUUUGCAGACCUCAGUUUCUGGUUGAAUCCCGAAGGUCUCGGCCUUACAGGGUCUGAGCCUUUGAUCCGGAAUAUCCUACAUUGCCUCUCUAUCUCCAUCAGUGCUUCCAUUGGGACAUUGGCAUGCGGGUCAGUGCUGUGAGUGCUAAUGACAUGUACAAAGUGUUAAUCUGUUCUGGAACUUCAGAUAUAAAUACCAAGCGAUGAUGGGAAGAGGAAAUUAGCUGUGUUCGGGAGGUAUGGUGGUCCUGAGGCAAGGAUCUGAUGUUCUGAGCCAUGUCUCCAUGGAUACCACCUCACUGCCCUACGUAUGCGGUCUCAGGAGCUGCUGGCUGUCCAGACUUGGGGACCAGGGGUCCUGACAUCUGUGCUUUAUUCUGUGAACAGCAAGGUGGGGGGGGGGGGGGGGCUUUCGGUGCCUGUCAAAACCCUCUCGUGGGUUUGCAUGCAGUGUUGUAGGAAUGAAUGUAAAGUGAUUCAGCCCAUCUGGGCUGUAAGACAUCCUGACAGACCCUGGAUCAUGCAAAGUGCUGUAACCGGUUACUGUGACACGUAAGGGGAAGCUCUCGGAGGUGAUGUAUAUUAAUUUAAUUUAAUGUUUGCACUGUCUGGGGGAAUACUGUGGUCUUCUGCCACAAACACAGAUGUCUGGCGUUCCGAAAGAACACCAUACAGAAUAUCUCCCCUUCCUACUGUUUGCUGUGAAAUUAGCGGAUUAGAGAUCCCUAUUCUCCCUCAAAGAAGGAAAAAAACUACACUGAAGUUGAACGUUUUUGGUAUAAAACAAAACAAAAAAAAAAAAAAACAUGAUUCUUAGAAAGGAUUUAAUUGACAGAAUUAGGAAACUGGCAUCUACUUGAGUCCUGGGGUAGAAUGUAGUCAGCUUCCCUAAACGUUUCUGCUGUAAUUCGAUGUUGUGUGUUUUGUACACACCAUUCCUCACACAUCGGCUGCAAUUAUGCUCAGAAGUAUCGCUCUCAGCUCUCCUAAAUAUUUAUAAACGCCCGCCAGACCUCUAUAGGUUCAAUUAUUUAGGACGAGCAAUUCAAAUGUCAAGAGUCAGAUGUCCCAUUGGAGAAUAAGCAGGCUCUGGUGUCUGUGGGUGGGUUCCUCUCCGAGAUUAACAAGCUGGACCAUGGUGUCCUGGCGGGAGAGAGAUACGUCUGGACAGGAGAAUUCUUGGGUUCUCGCGGGGUAACUCCCGGUCCUACCUCGCCAGCACUGAUUUCGCCAUACCAUUUCUGCCCCACUGAGAACUCUCCGAGAAAGGGCCAGCUGAAGUCUACUUCCCUGCCCCCUUUUUCCGGCACCUUCCCACAAAUCUGCGAGUAACUGGAUCACGACCACAUAUGCCAGAGGUGACAGAUGUGUACCUGGCAGCCAACUGGGUCCCGGUGGCUGGGGGAAUCUGAAUACCUGCUCUAAAAAUAAAGGCACUCACUGGCCGUCACACAUUCCCUGUCCUGUGUAGUAUACCUCCUUUCCUUUCUGUCACCGGGACACACCAUGGACCUUUUAUGGGGGAAGGGGGUGCUUUAGAGGAGCACUUGGUGCCAGGAGCUCAUUUGCCGUCGGUUCUGAUGAAGCUCCAGUGCAGGGCAAUUUAGCACCGAGGUUCCUGUAACAUAGCAACGCAUUGAAAGGGGGCAGCGUCUUUUAGGGCCUUUGAAAUUAUGUGCCUGGCACGCGUCGGCUGUCCAGGCUCGGCUGCGAAGGCGGGGAGGUAUUUCAUUUUGCGCUGUCGCCUUCCAGAAAGUUAAUUUCUAGGUUUUUUCCUUCUUUUUUUUUUUUAAAGUCCUACACAGGAAUAGAAUCACAUAAAAUCUCACAUUUGGCAUCUUACACCGUUCAUCUUCAAGAGAGGCUUCAGCACUGCCUGUAUGGCCGUAAUUCACACACACGCUCUCCCUCUCUCUCUCCCUCUCUCCCUCUCUCUCUCCUUCUCGCCCCCUUAAUCAUACCAUAAAGCCCGGACCUUCGGGUCUCCAUAGCCGCCUGUUAUUCACAUCCCCAGCCGUUUCCAUACAGGCCCCAUCACUCUACCCUCGGUCAUUUUUUCCCCUUCAUCUGCAUUUCUUUGGGUGCUUUGUCCACUUGACUCCAUGUCUCCAUCAGCAAUGAAUGAAAUGAAAUCAGCUACAGACUAACACACUAACCCCAUCGUUUGUUUGUCAGGGUUCUGCCUUUAAAAACUUCUGUAACUUAUAUUAAGUGAAAAUAUCACAUUAUUAUCUCUGAAAGAAUAAAGAAGGUAUUUUUGUUUGUGUUUUUUUUUGUUACACUCUGAGAAUGCGGAGGCCAGUUCGGCUCCUAUGAUUGGGUGAUGGGGUGAUGGGGAGAGGGAGACCAGUUCGGCUCCACUGAUUGGAUGGCGGGGUGCUGGAGAGCGGGAGACUGGUUCGGCUCCUCUGAUUGGAUGGUGGGGUUCUGGAGAGCGGGAGACCGGUUCGGUUUCUCUGAUUGGCCACUGGCCUCAUCUUGUCACAGACUCCUUGGUUACUCGUUCACGCGUGGACGUGUAUGGCCUGCUGACAUUGUACUUUUUCAAUAAAGGUCA